UAGAAGACGCUUAUCAUAAAGCUCAGUUUUCGAAUAGUCGUUUGGUUUGUGCGAAAAUGUUUCUCUGAAGGUAGUUUUUUUCAAUAUGUGGUCGAUCAAAGUGACGGUUUUCGCAAUCGUUUUUAUAUCAGCAAGUAAAACUUGGGCUAGACCCAAUAAGGAAAAAUUGAAAGUGGAAUUAUGCAGACGGUGCGUUGAAACUAAGAAUACGAGCUGUAUAGCGAACGUAUGCGAGUAUAGACGCACAAAAGUGUCAGCUUUUAGUGGUAAAACUCGACAAGCAGAUGAUGAUGUACUGCCGCCACCUGAGAUGCACUGUCAAAAUGAGGGACUCAUGGUUUUCGUAUGGCAUGCCAAAAAUGACACAUCCUACUUCUUGGAGUAUUCUAUCUCCGAAACAGACAGAAAUUUUACUGAGGUGACGACUGAAGGCUUUCAAAUCCUAGAGGACCUGCAACCCGAUACAAAUUACGUGAUUCAGCUUACUAGCGUCGUAACGGAUAAUUUUGUCGUGCAUUUACGACGCAGUCCUAUAGUUUCAAUCAGGACCUUAAGACAAGGAAGAACUCCAUUACCUGUAAAGAAGGUUUAUUUGGACUCUUUCAAAUUAAUUGAUGACACAUAUACGGCAUUAGUGAAAUGGGAGCAAGGGGCAGACAGAGCUUGCUUUUAUUAUAUCAUGUGGUACGGGGGUGACGAAUUAGGAGAUGUUAAACAAAGAGAUAUUGAAGAUCCACUAGCUGCACCUAAGAUAAAUAUAACUGAUUUACAAUUUGGAAACAAUUAUUCGUUAUCGAUAAGAGCAGUCAGGGAAGACUAUAAUGUUCGUAGUGAAAGUUUGGAGAAAUGGCUUAUUAUUGAAGUUCCUACUUGUUUACAGACUUUUCACAGCCUAUCAAAUUGUGUUCCAGAGAUUCCAGAAAAUUUCGAAGUGGAAGAAGUUAUUCACGUUCGAAAUCAUGUAGGCUUUCCACGUUAUGACGUCAAAAUGUCUUGGAGCGAACCAAGUUAUAAACCAGAUUAUUACACAGCUGUCAUAUUUAACACCAUCAACAAUGGCAGCUUAAAAAUAAAUAUUACAGGAAAUGAAACAAGUGCCGAAUUCACCAACAUAGAAUUGGACACGUAUUAUCAAGUUUCAUUAGCAGCCCAUUCUGUAAAAGGAUCAAGUCCCGAAGCAACUAUUUACAGGUUUGUGAACAGUACCGCAGUCCUACUUACGAGUGAAUCAUGGAUGAGCACCGAAAUUAUUCUGCUCAUUGUAAGCCCCUUUGUUAUUAUCGGCCUUAUUUUACUGCUACUUUUCAACCAUUUCUUGGUGAAGAAGCAGCAAAGGAAUUAUUUUAAGGAAAUAGAAGAAAAAAAUGUACCAACGGUGAACUACAUCCAGACCCGGACAAAUACCUUGGAACAAGCAGAUGAAUGGGAACUUUUAUCUGAGAAAAUACUAACCAAAGAGGUACUUGGAGAAGGAGCAUUUGGAAUUGUUAGAAAGGGAGAAUACUAUGCGGAAAAUGGAAAUAGUAUAGAAGUCGCAAUUAAAAUGUUGAAAGAUAAUCCUUCCCAGGAAGAGUUGAGACAGUUUUGUCAAGAAAUAGAUAUAAUGAAAUCGGUACCAUCUCAUCCCCAUCUGGUUUCUUUAAUAGGAUGUAUUACUCAAGGCACAAACCAAGGACCACUUCUCGUUGUGGAAUAUUGCUCCAAGGGUGACUUACAAACCUACUUGAGAAGUGCUUGGAAUAAGCUGACGAACGGGAUUAACAAGGACAAAAUUAAUUUACCAAAUUUACUUGAAUAUACAAAGUGUGCUUCAAAUAAAUUAUAUGAUCUAAAUGUAGAACAAUACAUGGACAUUCCACAACCAAAGGAUCUUGUUUCUUAUGCACGACAAAUAGCACUGGGAAUGGAAUAUUUAUCAUCUUUAAAACUGAUACACCGAGAUCUGGCAGCUAGGAACGUCUUAAUUUGUAAAGACAACACAGUGAAAAUUUCAGACUUCGGUUUAAGUAGGGACGUAUAUCAUAACAAAAUCUACUGUAAAACUACUGGUGGUAAACUACCUCUCCGUUGGAUGGCACUGGAAUCAAUGACCCAUCAAGUGUAUACUACGCGAAGUGACGUUUGGUCUUUUGGUAUUCUCUUAUGGGAAAUAAUAACAUUAGGAAGUACACCUUACCCUGGAAUAUCUACUGGAGAUUUAUUACCUCUCCUGAAAAGUGGUUAUCGUAUGGAAAAGCCUUCCAACUGCAGUAAUGAAUUAUACACGAUUAUGUGCAAGUGCUGGAAAGCAGCACCAAGGGAAAGACCAACAUUUUCUGAACUUCGAAAAACACUAGAUGAGUUACUAGAAAGUGUUUCAAACUAUUUAAAUUUAAACACGAGUGAAUCUGGUGAUAUUUACAUAAGUAGGAAAAAUAAAAUGAACAAAUAUAAAAAUGUUAACUUUUCUGAAGGAUAUGUAAUACAAAUGAAGGGUGUGUAGUAAUAUAAAUUUUAUUAAGUGCUUACUUAUUAAAUAUAAUUUAGCUUAGGAUAAAUUUAAAAUAAGUAUAUUUUUAUACUGUACUGUACUUGAAAAAAUACCUAUAGACAUUGUAAAACUCCAAAAUAGUACAAUUUUUAAAAUAUAUA